UCUCUCUUUCUCUCGAUCUCUCAAUCUCUCGAUCUCUCAAUCUCUCUCAAUCUCUCUCGAUAUCUCUCUCUCUCUUUCUCUCGAUCUCUCAAUCUCUCUCUCUCUCUCGAUUUCUGCUUGUCUCAGGGUUUUGAGAACGGAUCUCUGCAGCAAACCCAUCAUCAGAUAUACGUUUUUCCCUUGCAGUAGAAGGCAGUUUGGGCUUCUUGGUCCUUCUCUUCUUGAGGCCUUUCGCUGAGCACUUGAGCAGAGAGAUCAGAUAGAGCUCUUGAUUUUGCUUUGUCACAAAGAUCAUCUUUUGUUGGCUUGUGGCAGAGAAAACAAGUGUUAAGAGAUAAUCCCUCAAGUCCCUCGAAGAAGCUCUCAACCUCGAGUCUCUCACUCUCUCGCCUCUCAGUCUCAGAAUCUGUAUAUAUUAUCCGAUCGACGCCAAAAGCAGGGACAGUCAGUUUCCACCGGAGAACAUGCAGCAGAGGAAAACGACGGCGGCGGGUAGGCCAAGUGGCACCGAUGGAUCUGAUUUCUCAUACCGAAUGGUCGUUGACUCUCGUUACACAAAGGUCACUAAAGGGAGAUCUCGUCUCCGUCUUUUGAUCCUUGUUCAGGCUACGAUUUAUCUAAUUGGACUGUCGUGUGCAUUCAUGACAACUACUAAAAAUGACGAGAGGAACACACUUGGAAUUGCAUCUGCUGCUAUUGGCUUACUCUUUUCAUUCAUUGGAGAUUUUGGUUGCAGACGCAGCAGAGUAAACCUUUUGAGGCUCUUCACCGCUGCAUCCACCGUUGUCAUGGUUCUUUCUGUGUUUUCUGCUGUUAGGAGCAGAUUAACAAUGGAGGAACGGAAUAGCUCUGGAACAACAGCGAAGCUUGAGCUUUUAGGGUUCAUUUCUGCUCAAUUAGGAGCGGUGGUGCAGAUAUUAGCUAUCAUCGUUUCGGGUUCCCUGGUCAAUAAUAUGUCUCCACCUACUAAGACAGAAUAGAGAUGACGAGAGGGUUUGGGUACUGUCAUGUGUUGUUUUCCUACAUGAGAGUAAGACAUUUAGAAUUUUGAAGUUUUUGUUCCACCAAAUGAUUAGUUAUAUAACCUUGUUACCCC